GGCGGGCCGUCCACCGAUCACCGGUGCGUCGGGGAGCGCGUGUCGUGGAGCGCGUCCCGUUAAGGCUCGGUCGUGAUCGCAGCGGACCCGGGUUCGAUUCCUGCCCGGGUUCCUUUGCUGCAUGUCUUCCCCUCUCUAUCUCGACUACCUUUCUGUCUAUCUCUGUCAUGAAGCAUAAAAAGGCAGGUAAAUCUUUAAAAUAAAAGAAAACCCAAGCAUCCUAUAAGCACAGAUGAGGAAGGCCGAGCGACCUUCCUCAUGAUUCGACCUUCCUCAAAUAUUGUCAUGAGGAAGGUCAUGAAAAAAAACUAAAAUCGAACCACAACACCUAACAUUGUCAUGGGAACCAUGACAAUGUUAGGUGUUGUGCGAUGGGGUUUGAUUUUUUUUUUUUCUUCUUUUGGUUUCCUUUAGGCGUUCGGUUAGAGAUGAUAAGAACUGGGGGUUGAAGUGACUUACGUGAAAUUAAUGUUUCACCAGAGAUGGCAAUCUCAACCGUUUGAUGUUCGGUUACUCACGGCAUUCAUUUGAACCGACAAUUAAAAAUGCAUUUCCAUUGUGAUGGGAUGUGAUACGCUACGCAAUGGUGCGGGACGGAUGCAGUAGUCGAAGCUACUCAUGCGUGUCAUUAAAGUAUGCCGGCUGCUUUUGCAUUUUCUAGACGAUUCGAUUGCUAAGCCCCACCUUGGCUUGUGUUAAUGUUUACAAUAUUUCCUGAACAUAAAGCCUCCACCUUUCUCAAAGUCACAGGGAUUGUACCAGAUGGAUUGUGUUGGAACCAUUGCUGUGUGAAAGCAUAUGACGGAUUGAAGUCCUGUUGCUUUACUCUGCUGUCAAUGGCACUUGUUGCUGUUUGAACUAAAGGCGCACAAAGCUAAUUACUUGCAAAAGCAUGGUCGAUGGAGCUUUUAUCUAGUUAAUACAGCAAAGGUUGGUGUUCUUUCUGAAUCCUUGAUGGCAUAUGACCGGUAGGUAGGUAGGUAGGUAGGUAGGUAGGUGUGUGUGUGUGUGUGUGUGUGUGUGUGUGUGUGUGUGUGUGUGUGUGUGUGUGUGUGUGUGUGUGUGUGUGUGUGUGUGUGUGUGUGUGUGUGUGUGUGUGUGUGUGUGUGUGUGUGUGUUUUAUAGCCCAAACGCCCUUGUGUGGAGAGAAGCUGUGUGAUGAAGUGUAGCCACCUGUCCGUUGUGAUUGCCCCGCCCCUGGUAGCUUUGAGUGAUUGAUGUUGACUGAAAUAAUCAAAAAAAUAAUAACUCAUCCCUAGUCUCGUGUGUUGUAAAACACCCAAGGAUACGUAAGAGAGAGAGUAGAUUCAUCAUGAGUGUACGUACGUCCAUCUUGUCUGUCUGCCAGCAACCGUUUUCUUUUAAAGAAUUGAAUGAUCUCAUUUCCUCUUAAUAGCGCGGCGGCGAGGUAUUUUCUGCCCUCAACCGAAUCAGAGAGCGAAACCCCUCUGCUGUGCCGCAGCCAGGCAAGAUUUAUGGUGCUGCAGUAGUUUUGGCAAGAAAAGCGCUGUGUCACCAUCGCAGGCCGGCUCCGGGGAGACCUGGCAACACGUAGGACAUGUAUAAGGACUAUCCUGCCCUGCCGCAGUGGACCAAAGGAAUUAUACUUGCAAAUUGAAGGCCGGGGGAGAAUAUUUUGUCGACACAAGCAAAGCUAUGGAUAUCUGCUUGUCUAUAACUUGUGUGUGUGUGACUAAGCAUAUUCCCUUAUGUGUUUUUGCCUUUUCUAAUCUGAAAAGGCAGAUCAAAGGUUUAUAAUACGCCCCGUUUUGAAUAGCUGCCGAUAAACUAUUGCCCUAAUGGCUUUGACGAUGCCGUCUUCUUUCCAUAUUUAAGAUAAGACACUGCGCUACUCGCGUCUAAUUAACCGCAGCGACGUUACCGCGUAGGCCUAGCUCCUGCUUCUUGCUGCUAGGCAACACAGGGGAUUUCCUAAUAUGGUGAGGGACCGAUUGUUGAGCGCGGAGGGGCGUUUCCACACAGCGUAAUGGUGGUGCCCGCAUUCCCCCCAUGGGAAUGACUAUGGCUGGAAUACUGGGAAUCGGUUAGGCUCCAGCAUACGAUUUAAUAAACCUCGGCUCUUUUUUUAAAUGUCGGUUGAAUGAAACCACCAAGAGUCGGGAGAUCACAGUGGCAGUUUAGUUUCAGUUUCAAUACGACCAGUAUGUCUGCAUUGUUCCCCAUCGCUGCAUUGAAAGACCCUAUUGGGAAUGUUCCACUUUUAUAAAGGGGUGUGCCCGUUGAUAAAUAAUACAUAUUUACCAAUAAAGUUCAAUGCUUUUGCGGUGAGCGUCUGUUCGCGCGCUCCUCUGUUGCGCGCCGCGUGGAUCGCAGCGCUGUAAACAAGCCCAGUUGUGCAGCAAUUGACCGACCGCGAACACUUAUUUCCGGACGCUACUUCGGUGCACGGGUUAUUCGAAGGCAUGCUGGAGAAACUUGACAUAGAUGAUGACGCUGCCUGUGAACCAGAGAGUGAUAUCUACAUGCGCUUCAUGAAGUCCCACAAGUGCUACGACAUCGUGCCCACCAGCUCCAAGUUGGUGGUAUUCGACACCGCACUCCAAGUUAAGAAAGCGUUCUUUGCGCUGGUGGCCAAUGGCGUGCGAGCAGCCCCACUGUGGGACACGGAGAAGCAGAGCUUUGUGGGGAUGUUGACGAUCACAGAUUUCAUCAUCAUCCUACACCGAUACUACAAAUCACCCAUGGUGCAAAUCUACGAGUUGGAGGAACAUAAGCUCGAGACGUGGAGAGAGGUGUAUCUACAAGCGACAUUCAAGCCCCUGGUGAAUAUAUCACCUGAUGCAAGCCUGUUUGACGCAGUGUACACCCUCAUCAAAAACAAAAUUCACCGGUUGCCUGUCAUCGACCCUGUCACAGGGAAUGCACUUUACAUCCUCACGCACAAGAGGAUUCUCAAGUUCCUCCAGCUCUUUGUGUGUGAAAUGCCAAAGCCAGCGUUCAUGAAGCAGACGCUGGGGGAGCUGGGCAUCGGCACGUACAACCAGAUCGCCUUCAUCCACCCGGACACGCCCAUCAUCAAAGCCCUCAACAUCUUCGUGGAGCGGAGGGUGUCCGCGCUGCCCGUGGUGGACGAGAGCGGCAAGGUGGUGGAUAUUUACUCCAAGUUUGACGUCAUCAACUUGGCGGCGGAGAAGACGUACAACAACCUGGACAUCACGGUGACCCAGGCGCUGAAGCACCGCUCGCAGUACUUUGAGGGAGUCAUGAAGUGCCACAAGCUGGAGACCCUGGAGACCAUCGUGGACCGCAUAGUGAAGGCUGAAGUCCAUCGUCUGGUGGUGGUGGACGAGCGCUCCAGCAUCGAGGGGAUCAUCUCCCUGUCGGACAUCCUGCAGGCCCUGGUGCUCAGUCCCGCAGACGCUUCCAGAGAAGAGAAGCUUUCCGAGUGAGAAGACGAGAGAGAGAGAGAGAGAGAAGAGAAAGACGAAAGAGAAGUGAAAGACGAGAGAGUGAAGCUUGCCGAGUGAGAAGACGAGAGAGCGAGAGAGAGAGAGAAGAGAAGAGAGAAGAGAAAGACGAAAGAGAAGUGAAAGACGAGAGAGUGAAGCUUGCCGAGUGAGAAGACGAGAGAGCGAGAGAGAGAGAGAAGAGAAGAGAGAGAAAAGAGAGAGAGACGAGAAAAGAGCGACGAGAGAUAAGCGAGAGAAGAAGCACCUGAACAGGAUAUUUUGGAGGGAGCAGCAAGUUUUAUUUUUUUAUUUUUUUUAUAUAGUUUCAAUCGAAACGGUCGAGGACUCGUAGCGGCCGGGCUCCUAGGGGCCUCCCCCAUCGGCCCCGGACUGAUGCACUAUAUAAAGGCUUGGAUACCAAAGAGCUUGGAGGGCCCUCGCACUGGAGGACCAGGGGCUGCCCCCCCCGAUUCACCCCCUGUUGUUUGUGGUGUUAUUCUCCUUCUUCCUGUUAGGGUGUGUGUUUUGCUUUUGUUUUUUGGACACUGAACACACGCGCACACCGCUAACGCACGCGCACACACACACACACACACACACACACA